CGCACGCGCCCCCCGCCCCCGUCGCGUGAGUGACGUCAUCGCCGCGUGCGGCAGCAAUGGCGGCGGCUGGAGUGGCGCCGGUCCGGGAGCGGUUCGUUGCCUCCAAGGAGCGGUUCCAUGCCUACCUGAGGGCCAGCGGGGAGCCCGGCAGCCGAGGGGACGAGGAGGAGGAGGAGGAGAAGGAGAAGGAGAAGGAGAAGGAGGCCAGCAGCGAGCAGAGCGAGCCCCCUGCCAAGCGGGGGAGGUUGGAUGCACAGGGCCAGGAUGGAGAGAGGUCAGGGGAGCCCGAGGAUGGGGAGAAGGAGCCCGAGGAUGGGGAGAAGGAGCCCGAGGAUGGGGAGAAGGAGCCUGUGGAGCGCAAACGAGCCCGGGGGCAGAACAAGAGCAGGCCCUGCAUGAAGCCCAACCACUAUGAGAAGAGUCGGUUAUGCCCAUCAGUCACGCAGGGCUGCGCAGAGAAGUGCUACUUUGGCCCACGGUGCCGCUUCCUUCAUGAUGUCAGCGAGUACAUGGCAGCGAAGCCGGCUGACCUGGGGCACAGCUGCGUGCUCUUCGAAACCUUCGGCAGGUGCCCUUACGGCGUCACGUGCCGCUUUGCCAAAGCCCACCUUGGGGAUGGCUACCAGAACGUGGUCAACGCAGAGCUGGCCAAGCAGUGGGAAGGGAAAUCGCUGGUGAGGAACAACCUCUCCAAGGACCUCCAGCACCAGCUGCGCAAGAAGAAAUUUAUCUUCAAGAAAGCUGAUGAGUAUCUCCGCAGCCUGGCCAAGCCCCACCACAAUGGUGGGAAGGGAGGCAAAGCCUCGGGGCACUGUGCAGAGGGUGAGGAGGUGUCCAACUGCGCAACGCCUGAGGAUGGCCUGGGAGACACCUCAGAAUGUCCUGUGCUGCCAGAGGAGGGAGGAGAUGCCAAACCAACUCCUGUGCAGAGUCCUCGCCCCACAGAAAGCGAAGGGAUGUGCCCCACCAAAACAGCAGGCCCAGUGACAGAUGAAGACGUGAUAAAGCUGAGGUCGUGUGAGAAGAAGAAGUUGGAAAUCCAAGGCAAGCUCUACUUGGCCCCACUGACCACGUGUGGGAACCUCCCUUUCAGAAGGAUAUGCAAACGCUUUGGGGCAGAUGUCACCUGUGGAGAGAUGGCCGUGUGCACAAACCUGCUUCAGGGCCAGUCCUCUGAGUGGGCUCUCCUCAAACGGCACCACACCGAGGAUAUUUUUGGGGUGCAGCUGGAGGGAGCAUUUCCAGACACGAUGACCAAAUGUGCAGAGCUCCUGAACCAAACGAUUGAUGUGGACUUUGUAGACAUCAAUGUUGGGUGUCCUAUCGACCUGGUCUACAAGAAGGGUGGAGGCUGUGCUCUGAUGACUCGAUCUAACAAGUUUGAGCAGAUUGUCCGAGGGAUGAACUCGGUGCUGGACGUCCCACUGACCGUGAAGAUACGGACAGGGGUGCAAGAAAAGAUGAACGUGGCUCAUAAAAUAAUCCCCAAGAUCCGGGAGUGGGGAGCAUCCAUGGUCACGCUGCAUGGCCGGUCCAGGGAGCAGAGGUACACAAGAGUCGCUGACUGGGACUACAUAGCAGAAUGUGCUAAAAUAGCAAGCCCCAUGCCUCUGUUUGGAAACGGUGAUAUUUUGUCUUAUGAAGAUGCUAAUCAAGCCAUGCAGACAGGCGUUUCAGGAAUUAUGAUUGCAAGGGGAGCGCUCAUCAAACCGUGGCUUUUCACCGAAAUCAAGGAGCAGAGACACUGGGAUAUCUCCUCCAGUGAGAGACUGGAUAUCCUCAGAGACUUCACCAACUACGGCCUGGAGCACUGGGGGUCAGAUACUCAGGGUGUGGAGAAGACCAGGAAGUUUCUGCUGGAAUGGCUCUCGUUCCUGUGCAGUGUUUGUGUUCUGCUGCAGGUAUAUUCCAGUCGGGUUAUUAGAACACCUACCUCAGAAGAUCAAUGAGCGGCCGCCUUACUACAUAGGGAGAGACUAUCUGGAGACACUGAUGGCAAGCCAGAACGUGGAUGACUGGAUUAAGAUCAGGUAACGAAGCACCGGGUUAACCAGUGCUUCACUUGGAGGUUUUAACUGAGCUUGGAGCCGCCGUAGAGGAGCUCUCAUUCCCCCCCUCUGCCUCAGGAGGUCAUUCACAGCCCGCUGCAGAUCUGGGAUAGCUGACCUCUCUCAUGACACACUGUUCAUCCUGGGACAGAGAGGAACCAAGAGGAGAGAGCGCAGCGAUGGGACGGCUCGUGCUGUCAGCAGUCGCUCCCUGUGCACUUUGCACACAGCCCCGCUCAGCCGGGCAGCAAGGCAGCAUCCCCAGCUCGAGAGAACCGAGCCUGACCCCCAUUUCUCAGCAUCUGAUCUCUGAGUUUGUGCAACCAAAUGCAGGCAGCUGCAUUUCCCCACAUCUACAAGCCUACGGGCGACGGCUAGGAAGAGGCUUCAGUUCCGAGCCAGCUAAAAUGAGAACUUGUGCAGCGCAGCCAGCUGCUGUUCCUUGUGUCAUGGAAACGGAGAUUAACAAAAAUAGAGCGCAGCUACAAGCUUCUCUGGUUUUUGCUAAUCCUUAUCCAUUUUGUUAGUGCUGGGAACAGCUGCCUAAAAGCAAGUGGCGAGCACGUCGAGUUUUAAUCAGGGCUUUUAAUUGCCGUCUUUUCGAGCAGAACCUGCCCACGUGAGGCUGUGCAAAGCUUUGGAACCGGCGCCCUUUGCGGCACCUUGUAAGAGACAUUCAUAGCCAUAAAAAUCCAAUUUCCAGUCCGAUUAGGUUUAUUCAUUAAAGCUCAUUGUAAGGAGAUGCUAACGAGCGGAGGGGGUCUCCCAAGCACGCUCUGCUCUGCUCUCACAGCCACAGCCUCUCGUUACGCAGCUGUGUGCCCUGCUGGGAUCCUCUGCUGACAUGUCUUAUGGAAAGUUUUAGUGAUGCUAUAUUGAACCAGCAUCCAGGAAAUACAUUAAGCCCCCUUGACUGCAAAGAAAAUUACUCCGCGCUGAAAAUCCAGCGUGGGUUCCCAAGUGUGAAAUAGUUGAGGUCUUAAGCGAGGAUAAGUCACAAUAGCACCGGCUUACAUCACUUUAGGAUCCAACCUUAAUACUUUUUGGCACUAAGGGGGUUUUGGCUCUGCACAAGCACAGCGAGAGGUUGGGAGGAGCUCUCAGAGGCUUGUGCUGAUUUUAGGCAUGCGGUUGCCAGCAGCGAAGCUGGUAUUCAGGUCACCAAACUUAGAUUCCCAUUUUGGCAUUGACCCUCAGUGACUCCCCAGCAGCGAGGGCUGUGCCAAGACCCGGAGUCUGUGUCCUCCCACUGCUGUGGUUCAGAGUUCAAGCUCAGCACUAGAGACAGUUGGGUGCAGCAGCACUCUGAAUUUUCGGGAGGGUGAAAGCUUGCUUUGGGUACCCAGGAGUUAGAGCCCCGGUGCUGUGCAGCAGGUGGGUGGCAGUGGUUCUGCUGCACUGAACGCAAACCUCUUCUGUUUCC